AUGUCAGGUUACGCAAUAGUCGACGUUGACGAGGACGAGUCUACGGGCGACCUCCAAUUCAAGACUUUCCUCCCCAACUCUCCUGCCGGCCCAGCUGAACGCGAGGUGCGCGAAGUGCCAUACUCGCCCUUCAAUAUCGCGUAUUACCAGGUCUACUUUGACGUCGAUACUGGGACAGUGCUGAAGCGCGUGGUGCGCGCUCUGGUGCCACAGGGGGGUUUCAUUGAGGAUGCUUGUGAUGGCCAGGUGGAUCUUUAUGGCCCCUUCUGGACCCUCACGACCCUAAUCCUAAUCCUGUACACAACCUCCACUCUCACCUCCUCCCUCCAAGCUUACCGCGCCGGCGAGUCCGUCAUCGCCAACAUCCCCCUCCUCUCAACUGCCACAUCCCUUAUUUACAUAUACGGUCUCGGUGUGCCCGCUGCGUUGUGGGCCGGAACCCGAUGGCUUGGUGUGGCGGAGUGGGCCCCGGCCGAGGCUCUGGGAAUCUACGGGUACGCCAUGGCGGCAUAUGUCCCCGUGUCGCUACUCUGCCUCAUUCCCUAUACUAUUGCGCGGUGGGUUUUCGUUGGAUUGGGCGCGGCCGCGUCGGGAUUCUUCCUCAUCACAAACAUCCUCCCGGUCAUCAGCCAGGAACACAAGUGGGCGCGCCUGCUCGUUAUCGCCGUUGGAGUACUACACGCCGGCGUCGCUAUCGCCAUGAAGAUCCUCUUCUACUCGUACGCUGUGGCUGGCAAGGUCGAUGGCGGCGAUGUCACAGAGCCAGCCGAGCGUAUGGUUCGCGCACUCCUGCAAUAA